AUGGUUACUGACACACAAUUCUUUAAUUCAGCAAUCACUGAAGCUCAUUUGAACAUGAUGAUUUCGAAUGAACCAGCUUCAUUCUUUAGCAUGGUUACUAAAAUGGAGGAUGCAAUCAUCCGUGGAUAUGAUGGUACUCCGCUUCAAGAAUAUAUUAACCGCUGGAAUCGUGUAAUGGUCGAACAUUUUAGAUCCAAGAACAUUGAUUUGUCUAAAACGAGAAAGGCAGAAUGGAUAACUGUUGCUUCAGGUAUCAUUGAUAUGUCUGCAAAAUGUCGGUAUGGCUUUCAGCGUUGCGAAUUAUCAGGAUCUGUUUCCAAAUCUUGCGUGUCUGGCCUAUCAGCACCUGAUUCUGGCUUAUCAGCUAUAUCAUUUGCAUCGGACUUUUCUGCUCGUCGAUCAUCAACUGCUCAAUCAAAUGCUGCUGAAUCAAUUUGUGAUACUGAUUCUCCCUCAGCCAAGAUUCCGAAAUUGAGUGUACUGGAUAAAAAAAUCAUUCAAAGCUUGUACGACAGAUUGGAUAGAAGUAAGAUGUGGCGAUUAUCCAAUGGAACCAUCGUGGAAGAUAAGAUGAAAGAAGUUGCUCUGGGAUUUGAAUAUGAACAUCCUUGUCAUUCACUGAUUUUGGAUGUUAAUGAUGCAUGUUGGUCUGAAGUGUUUGAAUCUGAUGAAAUAGAAGAAAUUCGUAGUUUUCGUUCUGUGGAAAUGCCUGUCAUGUCAGCGGAAGUAGAAAGUUAUAUUCAAGCGUUGAACACUUUGAAUCCAUCCCAAUUAUAUGCAAAAGUUGACUCUGGUGUUCAUGACAUUGCGUCUGAUUCUAGUUGGCUUCAAAAGUCAUACCGUGAUGCUUUUCGUUUGUUGCAGUCUGAUUUCUUUCCAAUGGAAUCACAAACCGAGGGAAAUGUCGUUAAGCGUGUAUGGUCUUGUCUUGAUUCCUGUUUUGAUUUUAGCACAAUCAAAUCUGUUAGGUAA